AUGUUUGGAUUUGGUAUAGCAAUAGGUUUAGUCUCAAUGUUUAUAGCCGCUAUAUUAUUUUGCUUUACAGGAGGUGGAGCUUGCGCAGUUUUCUUUUUCUUCAUCUUUACAAUACCUGGCAUACCCUUUGUAAUAUUCCUCGGCUCUCCAAAAUAUUGCCUCAAUAACCAAGAAGACUUUUGGUUAAAUAAUACAAAUGGAAUUCCUGAAUACCAAGUAAAACACCGCUGUUGCGGCUGGGAAAAUAGUUCAGAUCAUGCACUUCUAUCUUGCCCGUUUAGGUUCGAGUCUGGGUGCAAAGAACACGUACAAAAAUACUUCGAUACAAAAUUUAAUCAUUUGUUUGCGGGACAUAUGAUAUCGCUUAUAGCCGGCGCGGUUUCUAUUAUUACUGUAGCUAUUUUAGAAUGUUGUUGUUUUGGGGAACUCUCUUAA